UKCUGUAGCGUCCGUUGAGCUCUCUCGUCAGAUAGAUUUCUAUAGUACUUGAAUCUUUGAGAUUCAUUCAAAACUUUCCUCAGCCAUGAGCUGGGCAAAGGACGAAUGGAAACAGGGUUUAAGCGUUCAUGUUCUGGAGAAGAUUACUGAGUUAGAGAGACAAACCGAACGGUUUGUAAAAGACAACAAACAGAAGCAGUUUCAGAUCGAGACACAAACUGCUGCUUUAGCAAAGCAGAAACGAUUGACAGAUGAAGAAAAAGACAAAGCUGCCACUCUGAAAAGAGAAAAUCAAAUUCUUUCUGAAAGUUGUGCUGAGUUUGAAAGAACCAAGCAAAAGCUGCAGCAUGAAAUUCAAUCUAAAGAAGGAAGACUGAGUUGUUUUGAAGGGCAAGUUAGUCGACUCAAGCAAAGUCUCGACAAUGAAAUCUGUAAACAUUCUCAAACAAAAGCUGAUCUGGAGAGAGCACACAGCAGUCAUGAACAAUGUUCAAGGAACCUCGAAAAGAAAACUGCCGAGUUUGACAAGCUAAAAGAACUCAGCUCAUUUCAGAAACGACAAAUUGAAGGUCAAAAGGAAAAAAUUAAAUCAUUUGAGAGCCAGAAGUCCUUUUCAAAAUCAUCUCAGUCAAGCUGUGAUAGUUACGAUGAUUUUGAUAACAAAGAUCCUCAAACUAAAAUGGAUGCUGAAGUUUUCCAAAGGCAAAAAUUAGAAAAGCAAGUCAAGGACUUGCAAGACAUGUCUUCUGUUAUGCCCAAGGAUGGUGUAGUGCCUUUCACAUCACUAUGCUUGGACAAUAAUCAAGAACUACAUUUAAAUUCUAAUGAAUUCAAAGAAGCUGCUGAUUCAAACCAAAAACUAGCAGAAUUAAGGAAUACUUUGUACAAGGUUGAGCUACAACUACAAGAUGCCAAAAAUGAACUAAUGAACAAAUUUGAAGACCUCAAAGAAAAAGAUUUGCAGAUUUCCAACUUGAAACAAAAUUUGGAUGAAACCUAUAAGCAAAAUGAUCGAACUUAUGAAGAUCUGGUGAAAUCUAAAACUGAACUUGACCAAGCCAAAUUGCAGAUCGAGUCAUUUGAAAGAAAAUGCAAGCAGCUUAACCAAGAGCUGCAAUGUCAACGCCACAACACAGAGGCUAUCAUUAAGGGACAUGAAGACAGAAGUAAAGAAAAGGAGAAACAGCACAGGGAAGAAAUGUCAUCUCAAAUGCAAGCCCUCGCAGCACUUGAAAAACAACAUCAAGACGUAUUGAAUAAAAUGAAACAGCAAGAGCAAGCUUCUCAGACUGCACAGAGAGAGCUAGAAAGUAAUACAGAUCAAAAACUAAGAGAAGUGGAGAAAUUAAAGAGGCAGCUGGAUGAUGCAAAACAUGAUGGCUCAAACAAAGAAAGUGCAAUCAAAGCCAAAGAAACCACUAUUAAUGAAUUAGCCCAGGAAAUCAAAUCGUUGAAACAAGAGAAAAAUGUUUUGUUGACACAAAUUGAAGAGGAAUCAGCUUCAAAGAAAAAGCUUGAGACUCAACUUCAAGUUUGCAAGUCAGAGAUUGAACUUAAGAAUGCCAUUGUAAAUACGACUGAGUCAGAGGCCAUUGAAAAGGUUAAAGAAGUAGAAACGGUAAAACAGAAGUUACUUUGUGAUUUGGAGAACGCAAAAAUCGUCCAGUCAAGAAUGGAGCUUGACAUAGAUAAGCUGCAAAAGAAGAUAAACUUUGCAGACCGCUGUAUUGAAGAAAAAGAGAACGACCUGAAGGAAGUGAAUAGUAUGCUACAGCAUUCUCAAACGAAAUGUGAAAAACUUGGUAAAGAAGCUCACGAGUUGAAACUGAAUGUGACAGAAGAAAAAGAAAAAGCAUCAAGAUUGGAAGCAACAUUGAGAGAAUUAAAACAAGUCAGCAUUUGUAAAGAUGUCGAUACCACACAAAUGGGUGAUAAGCUUAAGGAUCUUGAAACAAAGUACAAUGCUCUGACACGAGAACUUGCGUCAACGAAGCAAGAACUGGAGGAGUCAAGCAAGACUAUGUCUAAACUUCAAACAGAUAAGCAAAAUCUCCAACAAUCAUUGAAUAAUAAAGAAAUUGAAKUAAAAGCAUUGCAGGAAAAGUCGUGUGAAAUGGASCUUCAACAGACUUCAGUGAACCAGAGUCAAAUCAGUGAACUUGAAAGGCAGUUAAUUCUUCAAAAGGAAAGUUGCAAGAUUGCAAGUGAGGAAUGCAACAAGUUGACAACUGAGUUAAAAAAUAGAAAACAAGCCGAAAAUGAAUUAUAUGAUCAAAUUCAUACCUCUUCUACUGCUCUUAAGGAAAUGCAAUUGAUUGCUGAAAAUGCUAGAAUAGAACAUGAGCAAGAGAAAAUAAACAGCAAAAAUAGGAUCCUAAAACUUGAGGAAAAAAUAACCUUAUUGCAGAACGAGAAAGAGCAGGAGAAACAAGAAAUGUCAAAGUUGGUCCAACAGAAAUGUGAAGAAAUUGAUGACCUCAAUGACAAACUAACAAAAAAAGUAAAAGAAGUCGAAAAAUUGAGAGAAGCAGAGAUAAAUCUGCAAAAUGUUCUUACUACCCGCGACCAUGACAAAGCAAAGCUGGAAGUGUCAUACAAGGAAAUUUGCGAGAAGUCGCAGAAAAUUGAGCAAGACUUGUUGGCUGAGAUUGACAAUCUGAAAAGAGAGAGAGAGGUGUUCGAAGGAAAGGAGAAAAACUUGGUAAUUUCCAAUGAUUCUCUGAAGCGUGACAUUUUGGCAAUGCAAAAUGAUUACCGAAAAGCAUGUCAGUUGUCUGAUUCUAAGUCUGCUGAACUGAAAGAGCUUAUUGAAAAGUUCGAAGUCUCACAGAAGGAAGCUGAACAAUUUCGACAGAGAAUGUCUCGUGCAGAAAAGACGCUCACAGAACGUGAAGAACAAAUAAAAGAUGUCUUAAAAGAAAAAGAUUGUAUUUUGAAAGAGCAUGCUACAAAGGAAGAGGAUGUUGCUGAUCUGAGAAAGCAAUUACUUCAAAAGUCGGCAGAGGAACAGUCCAAAAGAGAAGUCUUGCAGGAAAAGUGUAGUCUGUUGUCAGAAAAAUUGAAUCUAGCACUUGCGCAGAAUGAAAAUGAAAAGCAGAACAAUCAACGCCUUGCUGAAUCUUUGGAGGGAAAGAUCCAAGAGGUCUCAGAGUUGACAUCUUUGAAGUCAAGUUUAGAGAGCAAACUUGAUAAUACUAUAAGGAUUGUACAUGAUAAAGAAUCCUUGAUUGCGCAACAAAAGAAACAGCUGAAUGAUAUGGAAGUCCGGUUUCAGUCCACAAUAGCAUGUCUGGAAACUGAUUUACAAACCAAAAAGGAUGGAGAGAGGAUAAUUCAAAAUAAGCUCCARAAGCAAGAGCAAGCCAUCAAAAUGUUAGAAAAUCAUUUGAAAGAAGCACAAGAUGRCAUCCAAAAUAAAGAUGCUGAAUUAGCGGUAGAGCACACUGAAUACGAAAAGUUAAAAACCUCUUACCAAGAGGCAAAAAAAAGUGAAAGCGAACUUUCAGAACAGAUUCAAAAUAUAAAAAGUGCAGCAAAUGCCAAAACAAAGGAACUUGAAUCAGUAAAAGAAGAGCUUCACAAGCAGCAAAUGGCAUACAAAGUUGACUUCGACGGUAAUCUGGCCAAAGAAAGUGAAUUGAAUGACAAAAUAUAUAAACUGAAUGUUGAACUGGAAAAAACUGAAUCUUGUUUAAACGCCAAAGCUGAAGAGCUCCACAAUGUUAAAGAGAGUAAUGCGACUUUAGAGAAUGAAUGUCGUGAACUUAGAUCCAUGAUGGAUGAGUCAGCAGAAUUGGCUAUGAAUUUGCAGGAUGAAAUGGCAAAAAUGAAAGAGGAAAAUCAGCGUCUCGCUUCAAACAUAGAAGGAAAGCAUCACGAAAUCACUAAGCUCAAAGAGACACUUGCUACAACUGAAAUGGAGCAAAUAAAUAUAUUGCAACAAAAAGAAGAUCUUCUGAAGUCAACUACCAAUUCUCUCAACACUGCUAUGUCUGACAAAGAAAAGCUGUUACAUCUUUUAGAGACACGAAAGCAAGAAUCCAUCAAAGUAAACCAAAUGUACGAACAGGACGUCAAGGAAAAAGAGUGUCUUAUGCAACAACUGAAUGUUUUACAAAAAAGCUUAAAUGACAAAUCCAAAGAUAUUGAAUGUUUGUCAGAGCAGAAAGUUCAUCUUGAAAGUAUGAUCUCCAAAUUGAAUUCACAAAAUGAGUCAUGUUUAAAGGAUGAAAUCGGUUUACAAGACAAGCUAGAUAUACAGACUACCUUGUCAAAUGAAAAGCUGCAACUUCUUGAGGAUAAACUUAAGACCCUUUCGUCAGUAAACGAGAAGUUAGAAGACAAGUUACGCCACACAGAAGAACAGCUACGGAACACAAAGGAGAUUAACGUGCAGCUGGAACAGGAUAUCAACAGUUCGAAUGCAAAAAUCGAUGUUUUUCAGAGAGAAUUCGAAAAAAAAGAUGGCGAUAUCUCUUCUUUAAGACAGCAGAUAUGUAAUUUUAAGCUGGUUGUUUCAGAGCUAAACACGCAUUUACAAGAAAAGAAUAACUCAAUCCAGAGUGCCAACCAAGAUCUUGAUGCUCUCAGGUCCCAGUUUGAAGUGACACAGAUGGAUAUAGAAGAUAAAGAAGACGUCAUUAAAGAACUGAAAAACACUAUUGAAGCACUAGAGUCACAGAUAAAAGACUUGAAAGUAGCGCGCUGUGGCCUUGACGAAAAUUUAAAGCAAGCUAAAAGCGCUCUUGAAAUCAAAACAAAUUCUCUUCUUGAAAAAAGGAAAGUGCACGAGGUCAUGGCUGCUGAGAUGAACUYAAAGCAUCUCAAAUCAGACGAACUAAUACAAAACCUCCAGAGAACAGUUAAAGACCUCAAAGAUGAAAAAUGUGAGAUCGUGAGCAAGCUGAAAGAAAGUGAAGCCAUUUGUGUAACCUUACAGUACAAAAUCAGUAAUUUGGAAAAGCAUGUUGAAGAACAAAGUCAGGACAAAGUAUCUAUGCAAACUGGCUUCGACAUAUCUGUUGGGAAAUUAAAGGAAUCUAUAGAAACUCUUGAAAAACAGGUUGAGAAUCUUAAGAAGGAGCUACUCGUUUCAGAAGAAGUUAUCAACAGCAAGAACGAUGAACUCAAUGCAAUAAAGAUCGUCAUUGGAACAGAAAGGCRAAACCUUUUAAGUAGCAAGCACGUUUUUAUAGUGGAAAACCAAUCCUUAAAAGAGGAAAGUGAAGCUGUUAAAAAGAGGUUAGAGGUCAGUGAGCAAUCUCUUGCUGAUGUUAAAAGUGAACUGGCAAGUACAUUAGAGAGUAAAAGCCUAGCAGAAAGCAUGCUUGUUGCUGUUGAUGGUAAUUUACAGGAUCACAAGCAACGCCUUAUUGAUAGAGAAAAUCAGAUUAAAGUCCUGGACCACGCCUUGGCUGAAAAAGAGGAUCAGCUAGCCAAAAUGAGAUCAGUGUCAUCUGCUCAGUCUGAACGGCUUGAACAACUGCAAAAGUGUUUACAUGAACUGAAUGUAAAGAAGRAGAAUCAGAGCCAGGAAAUGUCACAAAAGAUCGAAGAUAUUGAAAAUAGUAGAAAUGAAGAAGUGAAAGCUCUUCACUGUGAGUACAAGGUCCAAAUUGAAGAACUGCAGGAUCAGUACAAAUUGUCGCUGGAGCAUGCACAGCAAUCUAACAUCAAGAUAAAGGAACUAAGAGACGCUUUUGAUACGAGUAGACAAGAGAUUGUCGAACUGAAUCAACGUCUUGUUUCUGAUGAAGCCGAGUUGAAGGCAAAAGCACAGGAAAUAGAUGCAUUUCGUAACAAACAUAGCAACCUUAUAUCUGCACAAGAAAAUGUUCAAAAUGACUUAAAUGUCACUAUUGAACGUUUAAAGAAUAACCUGUCCAUAAAAGAAGAUGAUUGUGCAAGACUGCAAGAAAAAAUGCAUGAACUAGAGGAAGUAAAUGACAGCAAAAUUAGAGAAUACCUAUCUCAACUAUCAUCUGCCAAAAAUGAAAACAUUUCGCUUCAGUCAAAACUUGAUUCCAUGUCAUCAAAAUUUGAAAUCUUGGAAGAUGAUCUUCAAAGAAGUAAGCAUGAUAUUAUUCGUCUAAACAAUAAUAUCGAAGAAAGUGAAGAAAGGUUUCGUACUGAGGCCCUUACCUUGAAAGAGAAUAUAAAAGAAAUAGAAAGCAGUAAAAAUGAACUCAAACAGAAAAGUCGAGAAGAAMUGAUUGAGCUUCAGAGCAGUUUCAAAAGUACGAAAGAGGAUCUCACUGGAAACAUAAGAAUGUUAGAAGAGCAAAAUAAAAGUCUAAAUGAAGAAAGAGAUGGGCUUAAAGACCAGRUUAUUCAGCUGCAACAUUCCAAAGAAAAGUCUGCUAAGAGAGACAAUGAAAAGAUAAUUGAAUUGAAAUCACAACUAGAUGAGACAAAUCAUAAGCUCAAAACAUCCUAUCACAGAAUAGAUGAACUUGUAGAAGAGAAGCGGAUCUCUUACGAUGCUAUGCAGGUGGCUGAGAGGGAGACAUUCCAAGCUCGGUCAGAACUUGAGCAUGAACUCACAACAUUUAAGGCCAAAUUGACAAGUAUCACAAGUGAAGCAGAAAACUACAGACAGCAACUUAAAGACGCACAGGAAAAGAAUUCUACUCUUGAGAAGAAUCUCAGCGAAUUGAAGUCCAAAACGUUAAUGCUUGAAAGAAGCUUUAAGGAUUCAGCAAUAAAGUAUGAAGAUGAAAUAAAUGAGCUUCGUAAUUCUCUUGAAUCCACUACURCAGAGUUGACCAAAGUGACACUGGAAAAGGAAGGUGUGUCCAAUUCAUUACAGCAUACCAAAUGUGAUUUGGAACAAGCUCUAGAGAGUUUAGCGAGAUUUGAAUGUGAGCGGAACAACGAUACUGCACGAGAAUGUCAAAACAAGGAUUUAAGUUCUGCUGUAGAAACAUUGCAAGAGGAAUUGAAUUUAGCAAAGUUGGCAAAAGCCGAACUUAACCAUGAGCUUAUCAAUGAAAAGGACACAAUUUGCACUUUGCAAAGAAAGAUUGAAAUGCUUGAAUGUGACAUUGGUACAAUGAAAUCAAAACACGCGACAGAAUCUUCAGAACUUGAAAUGUGCUUGGAAAACUUGAAAAAGCGGAAUUCAGAACUCUCGGAAAAGCUAGCUGAGGUUUCUGAGAAGCACCUACUUGAAUGUGAGUCAAGUAUUCAGUCCAUUAGAGAAGCCAGCAUAGAAAAAUCUUCUCUUUCUAAACAGCUAGAAGAAAAAGCAUUGCGCUGUAAACACCUUGAAGACUCAAAUGACGAACUAUUAGAAGUAAAUGAAAAACUUUGUGGCAAAAUUGAAAAACUAGAAAGCGUCAUUGAACAGAAAAAGAACGACCUUACAAGUCUUCGUGAUGCGUCUAACAGUAUUAAUCGAGAUUAUGAAGAUGCAGUGCAGGAACUCCAAAACGUGCGACAAGAAUCAGCUGAAAUUAUUGAGAUAAAAAAGAAUAAGAUAUCUGAAUUGAUGGAUCGUUUGAGUAAAGUGCAAAAAGUGCAAGACAAAAACGAUGCUGAAAGAAAGGUAAUUGUGCAAGAAAAGGAAGAUCUCCUUGAACGAAUUUCUUCACUUGAAAAGAUGAAAGAGAGAUUUAGCAAUGAGGUUGAUCUGCAUCAUGCGGAAUGUCAGGAGCUUAAAGCUGGUUUGGCAGAAAAGACAUCGAAAAUCAAGGAACUUAUCAAAUCUUCAGGUAUUCUACAACAAACCCUUGACAGCAAAAUGCAAGAAAUAGACGAAAUGAAGGAAUUUUUUGAUGCUACCAAUGAAGACCUUGAUACUUUAUGUGAACAAAGAGCGCAACAAAUUCGAGAGUUGAAGGCCGAAUUAACAACAAACUGCGAUACAGUCACUAAACAAGAAAAUGCCUUGAAAGAGAAGGAUGAAGAAAUAGAAAACAUAACAAAGUGUUUGCAUGAUGUUACAAAGCAGUUGGAUCAGUUGUCAAUAAAACAUAAACAAUGUGUAGAGCGUGAGCUUAAAUUUGAAGCGAUGAAACAAAAUAUCCUUCACUUAGAAUCAGGCCUUCAGCAAGAGAAGUCAAAAUCAGAGUUUUUGCAAAAGACUUUGGAAGAAAGAGAAACACAAUGGGAAAACGAAAAAGAAAAGCUCUUAAGUUCUACUAAGACUGACGAGGCACUGAAAGAAAAAUCCGAUCUUGAAGCUGCUUUAUCUUCCGCUGAACAUGAAAACAAACAGCUCCAAAGUACCCUUGAAAUCAAAGCAAAAGAACUAUCAGAACAGCAAUUGCUUUGUGAAAGAAGAAAUUCUGAUUUCCGUGAUCUUGAAAUGAAGUUCAAGACAAAAGUAGAUUCAAUGGAGCAACAAUAUGAAGAUAUCAAAUACACACUCAAACAAAAAGAAGAUGAGGUUUUUGUCUUAAAAGAAAAAAUCCAAGAAAUUGAAAACUUAGAAAAGAAGGUUGCUUGCAGUGAGGAAAUUGAACUAGAAUUGCGUCAUCAUCUUGGCGAAGUAACUCAAGAACUCCAAACACUGAAGGAAUCUGCACUAAAUAGCAAUGAAGAAUCUCUUUUACUUCAGAUAUCCAGCCUUAAAGACGAAAUUGAGAUAAAAGUGACUCAGUUUGAAGAAGAGAAAGAAAGCAUUGUUUCAGCUGCGAAGGAGUUUGCUAUGAAACAAGAAGAUAACUUUGGACAAGAGCUUUGCGCCAAGGAUGAAAAGAUCCUUGUACUUGAGAGUGAAAUCCAGCAGCUCAAACAUGACCUAACCUCAGCUCAAAAUUCUCGAAAAGCUCUUCUUGAAGCAGCUGACGAAAGAGAAAAAGAACUUGAAAACACAAAAGUUCAAUUACAAGAUGAUGGUGUGGUGCAAGGGAAAUUGGUUGAACUUUCUCUUAAACUAAAACUGGAGAAACAAAAGAAUAGUGAAUUUGAAGAUAGCUACAAGAAACUGCACGAGCAGAUUGACAAAAGUGAGUCAGCUAGAAAGGUACUCCAAAAACAAGUAGACAAAUUAGAGAAAGAUCACAAAUCUGAAGAAGAGAAACUUGUAUCUGAGAUAUCAUCUCUUGCCUUGAAAAUUCAAAGGCUCCAAAAAGAAAUUAAACAGGUCCAAAGUUAUCUUGACGACGAAAAGGCCAAAACAUUGUCAUUGACAAAAGAGAACUAUGAUUUGUCAGAGGAAUUGAAUGUCUUGCAACAAGAAGCACAGCGUGAGCGAAUACACUCCACGGAAACAGAAGAAGAAUGCAGAUUGCUUAAGCAACAGGUAGAUGGGCUAAUGUCUGCACAAACUGAAGCUGAAGUAGAAAAAGAAAUUCUUAUUGUUAAUGAAUCUAUCGAGAAAGUCAAGUUGAGAGAAAAUGAAAGGCAUGUUCAGCAGAUGAAAAAUGAGCUAGAGCACGGAAAGAAAAUGAAUGCAGAACUUGAGAUUGAUAAAAAGAGGUACCAGGAAGAGUUUGAAUCGACUAAGGAGAAAUUAGCUGCUAUACAAAAAGAAAGGGACACCUUGCAACAACAGCUUGUAAAACGGGAAACCGAAUGUGCAGACCUCAAACAGGACUACCAAGCGCAGACAACAUCUCUCAGAGAAGAAAACGAGAAGUUUCUGCGAAAGCUGAAAACUGCCGAGAACCAAAUUUCUAGUUUAAAAGAUCACCAGUUAGAGGAGCUUGAAUUUACGAAAAGUCAACUUACCUUAGUAGAGAACAAAUGCUCCGGCUUAUUGCAACAGCUCACUGAAGUAAAGAAAUCUGAAUCAAAGAAGUUAUCUACGAUGCAAGAGAGCAUGACUAAGAAAUCUGCAGAGCUACAAGCGAAAGUUGAUGAACUUGAAGCUGAAUCAAGAGAAACAAGAGCAGGACUUCAAGCAAAAAUUUCUGAAUUGCAUUUAGAAAAUGAAUCAUUGAAAUCAAAACUCGAAAGAAAUGUAGAACAGAAAGAAUAUCAUGCACCCAAAAAUGACAUUUCUGGUGUUCCAGGCCCUAAUACCGUGCCUUCACCUCUUGUCCGAUCAAUGUCAUCUCUUGUCAUAACAUCAGCUUCUGGUGCAAAGAAAGGCGCGAAAGAAAAAAAAUCACCUGAUGCGUCCAAUGUUGAGAUUGGGAUCCAACCGCAUCGACUGACUGCUUUCGAGUCAAGACUUGCAAAGAGAGAAGAAACGCGAAGUUCGAAGUUAAACAAGAGAUCUUUGGAUCAUGAAUCACAAAGUAAGCCAAAAAGAUCUCGGUUAACCAGCCAGGGAGAUUCAGCACCUGGACCAUAUUGCGAAAGCCCAGAAUUACCUGAGGGCUUGCCGGAAGUUGUUCAAAAAGGAUUUAAUGAUAUCCCAGACGUGCCUAUCAAGUCUCCUUUCAUUUUAAGAAGGACCACAGCCCAAGUCAACAGGAAAAGCCUUGUUAACCCCAAGCAAUCUGUCAAGCCCAAGGGAUCACACAUUCCAAAAUUCAGCCGGAAUACAGCUAAGGAGAAUCCAGCUCCAUCAGGCUCACCUCCAAAGAGAUUCUUGAAGCCACCAUCUGCAGUGCUGUCUCCACGUAAGACUAAUGUACCGGCAUCCAAGUCUUCCGAUUGUAAGUCGCCAAAGAAAUCAAAAAUUCCAAGUAUGCCUACAAGACGGGAACAUGCAAGAGCGGGCAAAACACGACAAGGGCCUACUACACGUUCAUCUGUCCAACUACAAAUGCGUCUAAAUCAAAUARAAGACACAGCUAAUGCAGACAAAGAAGACUUCGAAACAUGUAACAUGCAGUGAAGAAAACAUAGUGAACAAGCUUGAAUGCCUAUUUCAUUCUUUCAUUURAAUCGGUUAUGAUUAUUUUUGGGCUUGCAACGCUUGCGAMACUUGUACAUAGAAUAUUUUAAUUAURCAUAAUAAGAUGUCAAGGAUUACUUCAAGUUGGCCAAAAUCAACGAAACAUUUUCUCGAGUUCUGUUAAUUCAUUUGUGUAAUAUGAUUGAAUUCAUCCAAUCUCGCCACAGCAAAAAGUCACUUAGAGUAGACACAUUUGUUCGGUCUAUCAUGCAAUGCAUCUGACUUGCCGCGAAAUAAGAGAAGMGAACGACGACGGAUCGGCGCAUGGACUGUCUUACGUUUYUCCUACAUCAAAUAUAUUGUAAUAGUGCAGUGGAUGUGGUUGGAUGUCGCGAGGGCUGAUUGUUAGAUACUUGUUAUUCUUAUCGUUUCAUUUAAUGUACAGAUGGUAUUGUCUUAAUAAAUGCACUACGCAUUCAUUUUUAG